GCGGCCACCCCUAUGCUUGUUUUGGUUGGUUGAAAAUCGCCGUUUUCGUCUGGCGCUCACUUCAUUAUUCGGAAUUCAAACAUUUGCAAACUUAGCCAGGUUUAGGACACCCGUUCAUUUGUACUUCUGGCACCGGGGCGCCCUUUAUUCUUAUACUCCCUUUAAUCUCACACGUCCGCUGCGUGCUACAGCAAUCGCUCACUGAUGCUGACUCCAAAGAGCGCUGAUUGUGAUGAUGUCUGGCGCCAAAAAAAUUUCGCCGACUGACCAGAAUGCAGAGAGAGCGUAGGCUAAAGUGUGUGUCUGUGUGUGUGUGAUUGCGUAGUCCUUUCAGUCUAUGUUUGUGUAUACUGGGCUCCUAGUCUAUUUAAUAACAAUAUCUCAACAUCGCUGGGUAAAGCACGCCGGAGCCGCCUUUAAACUGGAGUUGUUGCUAACAACGCCUUGGCGGGCAACAUAAAGAUAGCGGCAGCAAGUUUUGAAAAUCGUUGUAUAGAAAAAAAUAUUUCUGAAUUACUAUUUGUGUAUGUGUAUUCUGUGAGCUUUGUGAGUGAGCCUCAACAAAACUAUAUCGCCAGUAGAAAACAUGAGUGAAAAUGCACCUCAAGCGGUAACGCCAAAGAGAUCGGCCCUAGCCACUCUGAAUGGGGCGUCGCCCUCUUUUAGUCCUUCGCCUUCACCGUCAUCGAAAUUCUCUCGUGGUCGCCCUCGACUGGAUGCGAUCACAUCACUGAUUCGUGAAGGCUCAACCUCCCCUUGUCAAAUAAAGUGCGAUUUUUGUAAUCGUGUGUUUCCGCGAGGCAAAAGUCUUCAAGCCCAUCUACGCACGCAUACCGGCGAGAAACCAUAUCAGUGUGAUUACCCGGAUUGCACUAAGGCAUUCGCUCAGAGUGGCCAGCUUAAGACGCAUCAACGUCUUCACACGGGCGAAAAGCCAUUUAAAUGUUCCGCACCAGAAGGCUGCACUAACCGGUUCACCCAUGCCAAUCGGCAUUGCUCUCAGCAUCCGUACGCACCACUUGUGCGAACGGAAAUUUCAAUAGAAAUUCGCGAAAAUACCGAAAACAAAUCACAGGACGUCGUGGAAUGGCUAGAACGCUAUCGACAACAGAGAAAAAGGCCAAAACGCGUCCUCGGUACAGAAUUUGAUCAGAUGGCUCCGCCGUCUCCCGACGCGCCUGCUCCCAUCAGUCCUCUGGAGGAACAGGCCCUAAUCACAUCUACAAGAGCGGUUUCCCCGGCCACAACACUAACCUCAAACAUGUCUAGCAGCAUUUCCGAGCAGGAGAUAAAUAAACAAGACACUGCAGGACUAGCAACACUUUCUUCCCUUACCUCUAAUACUCCCGUAAACUCCUGCUGCAACGAGGACGAAAGCAUAGCUGUGCACUGCUCUUCUUCAGUGGGAGAUACACACAGUUCCCCUCCGUGUGAACAAUUCAAUUUAGAAGGCUCCAUCCAGACACACCGCCUGCCUCCGGCUGCCCUGCAAUCCUCGGUCGUAUCAGAAGUAAAUGGAGCUCCUAUUCAGCGUCCUGCUCAACCAACUACUCCGCGUUCACAUGUCGUAUCUUCCCCUCGCGUCCUCACCCUUCUUAAUCCGUCGACGCUGCUUCUAUCGCCGCAAGCGCAUAAACCUCGUGCACUGCCGGUCUCACCCUCAGCUUCGAAUUCACCAUCGGCCCUAGUCUCCCCGCCUACGGCACAGCCAGCAGACAGCUCACCUUUUCUAACACCAACGUCGCCUUUGGCCACUUUAUCGCGUCCCCAACCGACUACACCAAAGUCAUCAUUUACGCCACCUCCAGCAAAACGAUAUUUGCGUGAAAUCGCAAGGACGCGUCUCGAAGGAGCCCUAGCUCUAAUGGAGUUGAGCACUUCGCCAAGAUCUCCCCGACCAUCAGUGAUUGUUAACGGAGUACUUGACCUCAGCAAGAGUCAGUUGUAGGAGACUCGCAACAACGUCAAUAGU